AUGAGACUGACGAAGCGACAGACCAUGAGCUCCGAGGGCGACUCCGAACUACGCAAAAAGGAUCCUGGCCAGUCGGAGGUGGACCAACUUCAGAUUCUUCGGGCUGAGCUUGAAGUGCCUGUCAGAGCAGUGGGCUCGAAGCUGUCGAGGAACAGCUGGAUGGAGUUGAUGCUACGUGAAGCGGAGCCAGACUCAGAUUGCUUCGAUGAGAAAGGACCGCGGCUUCAAGGGCCAUGCAGGGUCAGUGCUGGUGCGGUGCCUUGUUUGAGGAAGCCGAAAGCAGACCCCGCCGUUAGGCUUCAGGUCCUCUUGACUUCAGCUCUGAAGCCUUCGCAGAAGUCACAUGCCAAUCAAGCCAAUGCAGUGGUUGUCGCCAUCCAAUACCGCUUGAACUUGUUUGGCUUCCUUCAGCCGCCAGCGGACAUCGAGUCUAUUCCUGCAAAUAGAGGCUUGCGAGACCAGAUUGAGUCUCUGAAAUGGGUCCAGAAGAAUAUCGCCAGCUUCGGCGGUGACGCGGAGUCCGUGACGCUCUGGGGUCAAUCUGCAGGAGCUCGCUCGGUGGUGGCGCUUUACAACUCUCCCAUGUCAACCGGCCUUUUCCACCAAGCGAUUGCUAUGAGUCCCGGCUACAUUCCGGCUAUGUUUCAGGCUGACAUCUCUUUGGCCACGCGGCAAAAAGAGGACUUUCGAGGAGUCCAAGAGACCUUUGGACAUCGCUGCAUGGAGGCGACGAAGUGCUCCAGCCUGAAGUGCCUAAAGGAGAUGAAGGUGGAGACAUUGGCCAAGAGCUGUAUUUUUUACCUUCAGGCCGAGGAGAGGCCUGAGGAUUCCGUGUCAAAUGUGUCCAACUCCUCUAGCUGGCAGAAAGUGAUGGCUCCAACAGAUGAUGAUCUUCCACCUGGAGACCUUGAAUUGCCACCUGCGAUCGACUUGAUGAACAAGGUGGCAGGCAUCCAUGCUCACUGGACCUCUGCUGUGACGGCUGAGUCGGUGGAGGAUACGGGCCCGAGGAUUGGGGCCGUUGAUGUCAGCUCGCACCAGGACAAUGUUCAUUUGACGUGUGAGAGCCCUCUGCUGAAAAUGGAGAAGCGCAUUGUUCCAAAAGAGGCGAUCGCGCUCCAGUACCAUGAUCCAGCAACGGAGAAGGCGACGAUGAUCUUGCCGCCGACCAUGGGGGCCCCUGCCGUGGCGAUCGCACAACCCAAGUGGGAGCCGCUGCAGGACUUGGCUGGCCGGCCAGCAGGAUCGGCGCCUUCCGUUGAGACCCCACGGAAGACAGAGAUCUCUUUGACAGCUCCGGGUGUGGCAGCUGUCGUUGGUUCCGAGGGGCGCCAAGUUUUCGCGCCUCGUAGGUCUUUUGAUCAACGCCGAGGAGAAGUGAUCGCCGAUGCAGCAGUCACGCCUCAGGCAUUUGUGCACCAGGCGAGGUCGGUCAUGAAGGCCUAUGCUCAAACAGCCCGGGUCGAUCGACCUUCCUCCGUGAGGAUCACACUGGAAGAGGCAGAGCCUGGUGUCUCGACCUCCUUCCAGCCGCCGGGUACGGACGACUUGGUCGAUGUUUGA